AUGCAGGCUGCUGCACCGUCGCCGGAGGUGCAGGCCGAGGGCCUCGUCGCGCGCUACCUGACGCCGACGACCGACGAUGCACCUUGCACUUGGACAGAGGAGUAUGCGAAUGACGUCGCACAGCGUCGAAAGUUCGCCGUUGGCGGCCUCUUUGUCGAUCGUUGGCUCCAGGACGCCGGUCUUCCGGCCACACUCUUUCCCCCACGCGCGCUCCCGGACGUGUUUGUGCUGGUCGUUGAAAUCCUUUCAUGCAAGGCACCUGUGGCCUUGCGCCAUGCCCUGCUGCUCUACCUUGCCCUGGAGCAGGCCACCACACCCUCGUCCCUCCCUGACGCUGCACACACUCUAGCACAGUCGCUGGCCAUGCCGCCCACCGAUGUCCAGGACGUGCGUGCCUCCUGGGCUAUUGACCAUGGUCAUCUCGAGGUACGCGCCGCCCGCUCACCACAGUAUGCCUUGCACAUCCGGCGGGACUCGACGUAUACACCCAUGGCCCUUGAGCGCCUCGCUGAUGCGCCCAAGCUCUUGCUGACUUUUGUCCAACUGAACCAUAAUCUCCCUCCCCUCGAUGGGCCCCUCAACGAAGCGGCUUUGCGGCCACAUGCCAUCUUUGUCGGCGCUCUUGCGCAGGUCGAAGGACUUGUACCAGCCUGGCAUGCGUGCCGCGCCCUACUUGAGACGCAGCCCGCGCAGGAUGUACCAACUGCGCGCGAACAUCUGCUGGGCGCCCUUUUGCGCUUGUGUUUUGCACCGCCGCAGCCUGCACUGAUCCGCUCACUGCUGCUUCUACCCCUUCACAGCGACGAAGAGGCGUUCUUUGAGGCGUGGGUGCAAACCCACCUCUCGCGCGCCAGCACCGCCGUCGCAUUGGAUACCCUGUUGAUCAAGUGGGUAAACCAGGGGCGCUACGUCGAUGCCAUCCACUUAGAGCGCCGCACGAGCCAGCUGGAACGCACCGCUGAGCCAGCGUCCGAGACACAGCAGCGUGCGCGCCAGCGGCGCCGCACAAUGAUGGAUGGUGUCUGGGCUCUCUUGCCAGCCAUCCAGCGCGAUGCUUUGCGCGAGGACGCCGCAGGCAGCGUACCCAUGGACGAAGCAACAUCAGAAGAGCCCGUGACUACCGCGCCUGUCCCCCCUCCUCGCCCUCACACGCCAUUGAGUGUGUCACUGAGCGCGGACAUGGCCCACCGUGCAGCCUCGCCAGACGCGCGUCUGCUACGUACGUCGAUCCGCAUGCCGACGGCGGCUUCCAGCCAGCGGGGCACGGCCUCACCAGUGGCACGCCCUAUCUCACAUGAGUCACCGUUCUGCAGCAGCAGCCCGUUCUCAGGGUGGAAGCGGCCUGGUCCUGGACCGGUGCUGAAUCUGUCCUCAAGUCCCAGCUGGGGCGUACCUGUGCCCGCCACGGCGCAGGAAGCGUCCAUCGAGGAUGUCGCGCCCGCUCUUGCCGCGACGGACUCGGCAGCCCCUAUCUCCAGUUCCCAGAACGAGUGGAUGCCGACGGAGGAGGCUGGUCCAGCUUCGCAAGGUGAGAGCACUAGCAUGAUGGCUGAAGAAGAAACACCUGCAUCUGCACCUGUGCGUCGCCGAGGCGGACAGCGAAGUGCAGCGAAACGCGCGGCGGCAGCGCUGCGCAAAGCACUACGCCCAGAAGAAGUGGCGCCAACGAUCCCAGGUGGCUUCCCGAUGGACACAGAGCCUUCGUUGCCCCCGCCGCGCCGCACUGCGCCGCGCCGUUCGGGCCGUCGUUCACGGGCAACUACACCAGCAGAUGACGCGAUGGGUAUAACGUCGAGCUUGUCGAUGGAGCCAAUUUCUGACGCCAAAGGCCCCGAGGUGCGAAUCGAUGAGACCGCAUACCCCCAGGCCUCUCUUGCGCGUCUCCAGGCACUGCACGAUACGCGUCCCAUUGCACGCCGCACGCGCGCCCAGACAAUGGAGCUCGAGUCGCAGGGCUCAACGGGCAGUGCGGAGGCAGAGCCGGUCGAGGACGCGGAGGAAACAUCAGGACGCACACGGCGCCGGACGCGCGAGCGUGGGUCGCCACCGCCGGCCACGCCACACCGUAAUACGCGUUCGGCGCGGCGGGGGCGCCGUGGUUCGACGGUCACGCCCAGCACGCCACGUUCAACAGGGGGGCGACGCUAG